AUGAACAAAUUGGUCAUUUUCUUCGCCGUCGUAGCAGCCGUCUGUGCCGCCCCCGUGGAAGACGAGCACGCCGAAGUCUUAAGAUCAGAGGCCGAUGUCCACCCAGAAGGAUACUCCUUCACCUACGAAACUUCCAACGGCGUUUCAGCUCAAGAACAAGGAAGUCUGCAAGGAGAAGCCGUCGUAGCCCAAGGAUCUUUCCAAUACACUGCCCCUGAUGGCACUCCAGUUCAAGUAACCUACGUCGCCGACGAAAACGGUUUCCAACCCCAAGGAUCCCAUUUGCCAACCCCACCACCAACCCCAGACCAUGUUCUUAAGAGCUUGCAGUACUUGGAAGCUCACCCACCACCACCAGCAAAAAACUAA